GGCUUCCAGAAGUGGAAAGACACGUUAGCCCCUGUGCUUGUCAGUCCAGUCCGAUGAGGGCUCCAGCGAGCAAUGAAAGCUACAGUCUGCCAGGUGCUGAAAGGGAAGAAGCAAACAAAGUGACCUGAGCGUGCUCUCACUCAGGGAACACAGAAUAAAGGGCCCAAGUCAUCAUUCCUGUGCUAUAGGUGGCCUAUGCAGCACAAUUGCAGAAACAAGCAGCAGAGAUGACAGUUACAUACUCCAGCAGAGUUGCAAAUGCCACUUUCUUUGGGUUCCACAGACUGCUUCUCAAAUGGAAAGGAAGCAUCUACAAACUGCUUUACAGAGAAUUUCUUCUCUUUGCUAGCCUUUACACUGCAAUCAGUGUGUUGUACAGAUUUUUCCUUACAGGAAGCCAAAAACGUUACUUUGAAAAACUGUCAAUUUACUGUGACAAAUAUGCGGAGCAGAUCCCAGUGACAUUUGUGCUGGGGUUCUACGUUACUUUGGUGGUGAACCGUUGGUGGAACCAAUUUGUCAACCUUCCAUGGCCAGAUAGAAUUAUGUUCUUGAUCUCCAGUACUGUCCAGGGAAGAGAUGAAUAUGGUCGCUUGCUGAGGAGAACACUAAUGCGCUAUGUGAAUUUAACAUCCGUCCUCAUCUUUCGUUCGGUGAGCACAGCCGUCUAUAAAAGGUUUCCAACCAUGGACCAUGUGGUAGAAGGAGGUUUUAUGACACAAGAGGAAAGGAGAGUAUUUGAUGAACUUAAGUCUCCUCACCUGAAAUACUGGAUCCCCUUUGUCUGGUUUGGAAAUUUGGCAGCAAAAGCACGACAAGAUGGAAGGAUUAGAGACAGUGUAGACUUACAGACACUGAUGAAUGAGAUGAAUCGGUAUCGAUCAUGGUGCAGCUUGCUCUUUGGUUAUGACUGGGUUGGAAUUCCACUAGUAUACACACAGGUUGUCACUCUUGCUGUCUAUACUUUCUUCUUCACAUGCCUGAUAGGACGUCAGUUUUUGGACCCUGACCAAAACUAUCAAGGUCAUGAUUUGGAUCUUUACGUUCCUAUCUUCACAUUGCUACAGUUUUUCUUCUAUGCGGGAUGGCUUAAGGUUGCUGAGCAGCUUAUCAACCCAUUUGGGGAAGAUGAUGAUGAUUUUGAAACAAACUGGUGCAUUGAUAGGAAUCUGCAGGUGUCACUUCUGGCAGUUGAUGAAAUGCACAUGAAUUUACCACGAAUGAAAAAGGAUAUUUACUGGGAUGAUUUAUCAGCUCGCCCACCAUAUACAUUAGCAGCAGCAGAUUCCUGCAUCCCAUCCUUCCUUGGAUCAACAAUUGAAAUGGGUCUCGCAGACAGCCAAUUCCUGCAUGGAGAAAACUGGCACCGGGAUUAUGAUAAACCCAGAAGGCAGCAUUCGGUGCUGAGAAGAAUGAAGCGAUUUCUAAGUGUCCGUGAAGAGUCCUCUGUGCCGACUAGGAACUACCAAAGACAAUCCAGUGAAAACUCUGUUUUUUUCCCAUCCCACGAAAUGCACCACAUCGGCAAUUUAUUAGAAAUCCAUUCCAGGGGCAGACAUUUUGCCUCCAAUGAAAGGAAAAGCUAUGAAGGUCCCGAGAAGAGUAUGAAGGGACAUGGGAGUAUGGAUCUUGGGAUUAUAAGAGAAACCAGCAAGAAUGAUGCUCUAGAGACAGGUUGCCAGUCCACUGGGGAGGAGAACAUAAUCAAAAUGGAUCCCAUUGUUUCUGAAAAAACCGUUACUGAAUCUGAGGGCAGAGAAGCCAGAACGGAUGAAGAAGCAAACAGCACAGCAGCUCACAUCCUGACAGAGGAUGAUUCUAGGAGUCAAAGUGGAUCACAGACUGACUCUGAGGGACUUGGGCUGGCUCCCAAUGCAUCACAAAACAGUCCGACACAUCCACCAAUGUUGCCUUCAAAAACAGAACCACUUCACAUGGAAUCCAGGCUGCAGGAUUCAUCCGUGAGGAACCAAGGGGGAAAGCAACCUUGUUCAUCUCAAAAUAUAUCUGACAGUCCAUUAUGGAGAUUCCCAGAUGCUGUCACUCAACCUGUGGUGCCCCCCACAGAAAUGGCUUCUCUCCUACCAGAAUCUCCUAAGACGUCUUCUGGAAAAAGCAACCUGAGCACUCCAAGUACUCCUGUUUCUCCUUCUCUAAAUACAUUUGACAUAAACUACUUUCUAGGACAGGCUGAUGCUAAAGAAACAGAUAUCCUUCAUAUAGUUGAGAGUAGCAAUGGGAAAAGUAAAGGACACCUCUGAGACAUGAAAGAGCAUCAUUGUGCUUUGCUCCUGACUCCUACAACUCACAGAAUUUUAUUGAUUUUUGACUCAGAACAAAGGUUUGCAAGCUACCCUAGGACAUUGCCCAAUAAAUGCUCCGGAUGCCUUUAUUUUCAUAAAACAGUUCAAAAAUA